CUAUUCAACAUGGAGACAGCAGUGGAUAAACUGGAGGCCAUGUUCCAGAAGGCCGAGGCUGAUAUCCAGUAUGUGGAGAAACGUCUGAAGUUCGAUUUCGUGACGAGCGCCCGGGACAGCGGCACCGUCGAGGGAAACCCCGUCCAGCUGCUGGAGACGUUAGCGGCGAUUAAAUCCCGUCAUGCGGCUCUGUGCGCUCAGGUGGAGGACAUCGCGGCCGAACAGAAACGCUCCAUGGAUUCCAUCAGGUCUCACCUGAACGGCACGGUCAGACUGGUGGAGGAGCUGCAGAGCACGGCGGAUGUGGAGGUUCCUCCACUGAGCGAGGAGGAGCAGGAGGCGCGAGAUUCUCUCUGUUCGUCAGUCUCGGCUCUCUCCGUGCAGGUGCUCUCUGAACCUCCCGGCCAAGAAGAAUCCAAAUCUCAGGAGAAGCCGGAGGAAGUGAGCGAGGACGAGUUUGAAACUGUCCCACGGAGCGUUCGAGGAAGCGUCAAGCUGAGUGAGGUGAACGUUCUGUACAGACAGCUGAUGGAUCACUUCUCCUCGGAGAGCAGCAGCAGAGCAGCUCUGAGUCUGCAGAAGAUGAAGAAGCUGAACAUGAAGCCGAGUGACUCCGCCCUCAGGACCCUGCAGCACCUCUCACUCAUCCAGCUGGACAAGAAGGGUCACGUCACUCUGCCCUCACGAGACUGAGGAGACCAGAGACGCCAACGUUCACGCUACAGAAUAAACUCUUAAAAGAUUAGAAGCUCGGGGGGGGUUGGGAGGUCGGGAGCACCAGUCUUGACUGGUUUAUACUGGAGCAGCAGGACAGUCAAACAGGAUCCAUACUGAAGCUUUACACUCACUACAGUCUAAAUGUCUCCAAAAUAUAAUUCUUCCAAAUAUCUCUCAAAUUUAGUCAUAUCCACUUCCCUACACAACCUGAUUAAGGAUACUCGGAUCAUUACACGCCCCCUCCGCCACGUGUCCUCUCUGCUGCCGCUUCUUAUCACCUACCAGUGUUGGGUUUCCCACAUAGAGCCGUAUCACGUAUGUGACUCCCGGACCGGUCCCGGUGAUCGACGCCGUCCGACCUUCCCUCCCUCAGACACGCCCAGUCGUGUUUGUGUGACCGCGUCGGCGGCUCUGCCGGGAUUUCAAAACGCCAGUUCCAACUCUUAAGUCUACGUGACAGUAAAUGAGUGUGUGUGUGUGAGUGAAUUUACUAUAGUCCACCAGAGGGAGUCUCAGACCCUACACACGGGGGGGGGGGGGGGGGGUCAACAAAGUACUACUGUUUAAAUCUGUAGUAUUUUAUUCAUUGUAUCCUGGA